CAAUCGUCAUUCCCCUUCUCCAGCCAGCAUCAUGGUCCACCACAACCAGUACCAAGGACGACCACCAACAGAUUGAGCUCCACUACUGACCAGUAUCUGCCUUCAUCGAUGGACACAGAAGCACACACAAAAUCUCUAUUUUAAAGUCAAAUGUUUUAGGGUCAAAUAUGUAAUUGCAUAAUAAAUGUAUAAUAUUUCCCUUCUUCUCUCUCCAUCGAACUGAAGAUGUUUCGUACCCUCUUCCCGCAAAUCUGUCUCACCCUAUUACUCCAAAUCUACUGAAACAAACGCGCGCGCCUUCAACUCGCUUUCCUCGUCUACAGAAACACCUAGAAACAAACACAGCGUAAAAGGGUAAUUACUCUACCAAAUUGCGAUCCAUUCAUUGCUUCCAUAAAAGGCUGCGUUGGAGCGAAGUCGUUCGUCGUCCUCGAUCAUGGAUCUGAAUUGUGAAUUGUGAACUCCGAAUCCCUGCUCUCCCGUGCUCCUUGAUUCGCCCUAUCAAUUUGUCUCCACGGAGAGAUUCAAGUCCUACACGCACACACAACACAAGAUGGUGGUAGCUUCCUCCGCGCGUGAUUAUAUCAACCGCAUCUUGCAAGACAUCUCCGGCAUGAAGGUUCUAAUCCUUGAUUCACAAACGAUUGGUGUUGUGAGUGUUGUGUAUUCACAGUCAGAGCUUCUCCAUAAAGAAGUGUUUUUGGUUGAAUUGGUAGAUUCUAUUUCCGAGUCGAGUGAAUCGAUGUUGCAUCUCAAGGCCGUUUACUUCCUUCGACCUACAUCAGAGAAUAUCCAGUUUUUGCGCCGCCAGCUGGCUAGUCCUAGAUUUGGAGAGUAUCACCUAUUUUUCUCCAACAUAUUGAAGGACACUCAGAUUCACAUUCUUGCUGAUUCCGAUGAACAGGAAGUUGUCCAGCAGGUUCAGGAGUUCUAUGCAGAUUUUGUUGCAAUUGAUCCUUAUCAUUUCACUUUCCAUGUGCCUUCACAUUACAUAUAUAUGCUCCCAGCUGUGGUAGACCCUUCAACAGUGCAACGAUUUUGUGACCGAGUUGUUGAAGGGCUUGCAGCUGUUUUUUUGGCACUAAAACGCAGACCAGUAAUUAGGUAUCAAAGGACAUCUGACAUUGCAAAAAGGAUAGCACAGGAAGCAACUAAACUGAUGUACCAAGAGGAAAGUGGUCUUUUUGACUUUAGGCGAAUGGAAGUUUCUCCUCUGUUGUUAGUUAUUGACAGGAGGGAGGAUCCUGUAACCCCAUUGCUAAAUCAAUGGACUUAUCAGGCUAUGGUUCAUGAAUUAAUAGGAAUCCAAGACAAUAAAGUGGACUUAAAAUCCAUUGGUAAAUUUCCAAAUGAUCAGGAGGAGGUUGUGCUGUCAUCGGAACAAGAUCCCUUUUUCAAGGCUAACAUGUAUGAGAAUUUUGGAGAUAUAGGUAUGAAUAUCAAGCGAAUGGUUGACGAAUUUCAACAAGUGUCAAAAAGUAACCAGAACAUCCAAACAAUAGAGGACAUGGCUAAAUUUGUUGAUAAUUAUCCUGAGCACAGAAAAAUGCAUGGAAAUGUGACAAAACAUGUUACUUUAGUAACCGAAAUGAGCAAGAUAGUUGAUGAGCGAAAGCUUAUGUCAGUUUCACAAACAGAACAGGAGUUGGCUUGCAAUGGAGGACAAGGAGCUGCUUUUGAGGCAGUGACAAAUCUACUAAACAAUGAAAGUGUAUCAGAUCUGGACCGACUACGGUUAGUCAUGUUGUAUGCUUUACGAUAUGAGAAAGAUAGCCCUGUUCAAUUAAUGCAGCUCUUCAACAAACUGGCUUCCAGAUCUGCCAAGUACAAACCUGGGCUUGUCCAGUUUCUUCUGAAGCAAGCGGGUGUUGACAAGAGAAUGGGUGAUCUUUUUGGAAAUCGAGAUCUAAUGAAUAUUGCCCGUAACAUGGCUCGAGGUUUGAAGGGUGUUGAGAAUGUUUACACCCAGCAUCAGCCUCUUCUGUUUCAAAUCAUGGAAAGCAUUGUCAAGGGGAGGUUGAGAGAUGUGGACUACCCAUUUGUUGGAAAUCACUAUCAACAGGGAAGGCCACAGGAUGUAAUCAUCUUCAUUGUUGGUGGGACAACUUAUGAGGAGUCUCGGUCUGUUGCUUUACAAAAUGGCAACAAUACCGGCAUUCGGUUUAUACUUGGUGGCUCUUCUGUUCUUAAUUCUAAAAGGUUUUUAAAGGACUUGGAAGAAGCUCAAAGGGUAGCUCGCUCUAGCACCACUGUUUGAACAUCACAAAGAGGGUCUGAGCUAUAAGGAAAUUCUCCAUGGAAAGAAAACUCACAAGUUAGCCACCAUGUUUGGAGUUGCAACCAAGACCAAAAACUCUAUAAAAACAUAGCAAACCCCCUAUUUUAUUAUUCAAUUCCCUAUCUUAGAUUCUUGGACUUCUCUCUAGGAUUUCUCUUGCACUUUCACUUGUAAUAUUUUUAUACUAGAGAGACACAGGGAAAGGGCAGCAACUCUUAGUAUUACUUGUUAAAAUCAACAUGAGUUGUUGAACUUCCUUGCAUUAGGAUUAGAUGUAGCUAGCUCUCUGAAUCCCAACACGUUUUCAUAUCAUCGAGUUAUUUGUUGUAAACUUUAA